CUCUUAUCCUACACAAUAGGCCUACUUCUGUCCACGUCCUACAUUUGUAGUUUGUUUCUCGCUGAACUUGGCCGUACGAGCUUGGGUCGGUCGUUGAAUUUGGCUUCGUUCCCACACGCACAGGUUCUAUCCAAUUAUGCUGGAUAUUCGUCGGAUAGUUUUAAUGGCACAAGUGUAACGAGCCUGUCACAUCGUAUAACGAGAAGGGAUCGGAUUGGAAGCCUGAGGCCAGCCAGUGGAAUGCGAACGGAGAAACCGGUUUGCAGUCGCCCUCGCCCGUUGCUUGUGUAUGUACUGUGCUGUGCUGUGCGAGGUAUGAUGUGCCAUGGCUUUCCGCAGUGGAAAACGCAAAGAUAUUAAGAAGCAAUCUUACUACGUUUGGUUCCUAGGAGCUAAAGAAAGUAAAGGAUUACGAGGAGAAGAAUACAUCCGUCCCGUUUUAAAAUGUUUAAUAGACAAAGAGAGGGAGUCGGAACCUAUGAAAGUGACGCUACAAGUCAGCAACAAGGGCUUAAAAAUCAUACAAAACGUUGCCAGGAAGACAAAAGGAAAGACUGAACAGAUUAAGCACUUCAUACCACACCACGCAAUCACGUGUGUUCGACAGGAAUCGGCACCCAACGACGAUAUCGUAUGUACUAUUUUACUUAUCUACAAUCCAUUAACGAAAUGCCCGGUUCACGUACACGCUUAUCGAUGCGAUUCCGUAGAGACUGCAGCCACUCUUCGUAGUCAGUUACAGAUUUUGGUGGAGAGACCGGAAAAUCAGAAAAAAUUCCGCGAGAUCGAGAAUCGCCUGUCUGCUAAAGGCUUGCUACCGUCGCGAAGGCUCAAUUCUGACGGGUUGAGUACCAGAACGGAUGGUUCCGACCAAACUGAGGAUUCCGCAGAAUCCGAGAGAGAUGUGCCGAUUAGGAAAGAUAUUACUAGCCUUUACGACUCGUUGGCUGCCGAAUUAAGAGAGAGAUUGAAAAAUAGAGAUAGUUGCCCCAUCCUGCUUCCUCCCAAGGACUACGAUACGGUUACUAGAAGGCAAGGAAAGUUAAGCGGAAUCGAAUUAAGAAAGAGCACUAAUAUUCAUCUAGUAGGAUCUAAUAUUAAAAAACAAGAUGUCGAUUCUAGUGGUAAAUCGACAGGUAAAUCUAGUGGUAAAUCUAGUGGCAUAGGCUCGGACGAAGCUCUGAGUUCUGCUAUACAGGAAGUAACUUCGCACGCCGAAUUCGAAGAGAAAGAAUUAGACCCGGAUACGAGCUCCGACGACGAAGAUUGGCCGGAAGCCGAAACUCUUCCGGAAGAAGACGAAAUGAUUCAUUUCGAAUGGAGGAGAGUGCCACCCGCAGUGCACGUUAAACCUAAAUCCACUUCUCCUAAUCAACACCUUCACUCUCAUCCUAGAUCUAGUUAUUCAUCUAAGGAUCGAGUUUCGAGGACCCAUUAUAGUGAGCAUUAUACGAGGCACAAAGAUGACUAUCACAAAGCACCGGUUGUAAAUCGUGAUGCGCGUAACCAUAAAUACAAUAGUGAAGUGUGUAGGCGAUCGGCGAGUCCUCCCAGAGUACCACGACCGUAUUCUUAUUCGGCGGAAAGAGAUUCUCAAAGCUCUAAAGGAUCUAUUCUAUCCAAUUCGGUGCCUUAUCCGGAAAAAGACUUCCGACAACCUCACAGAUCCUCUUCUAAUCGCAAAUCUCCAUCUCCCAUCAGGAGAGGGAUAUCACCCAAUUAUUCAGGACGUUAUAGGUCUCAAGAUAUAGAAAGGCAUACCUCGAGUGAUGAACGAAGAAAACAAUCGCAUUAUCAACCAGAAAACCGUGAGUAUAGAUAUAGCUAUGUAGAACCGAAUUAUAGACGUGUACCGUUAGAUUCUCAGUAUUAAGACCGAAAUUUGUAUAUAUAGAUAUAUAAAAAAACAAAACAUUCUUUUGUUAACGGUCAGUAUAAUACUGAAAUUUAUAAAGAAAAAAAAUAACGAAAUGUAUUCAAAAAUUUGUAUAUAUCUGUGUUAAAAUAAGGCUUGUAUGUAGCAGCACACACAGAUAAAAUUCGAGAAGAAGAAUUGAAUAAAUAAAUAAAUAAAUAAAUGCUGCCAGGCAAAAUUCAAAAUUAGAAAAGAUAUAUUAAAAAGUUUAUCUAUGUUACCUUUCGAAAUAUUAAAUAAAUAAAAAAAAAUUAGUUCAGGUACACUAAAAAAUCUCUGUCCUAAUUCUUUAUUAUAUUCCACCUUUAGGGAAGAUUCAAGUUCCUCGUUCUGUCUUCCCUAUUCAGUUUAAAUACGUGAAAGAAAUAAUAAGAAAAAGUUCUUAAACCUUGGGAAUCUACGCUAAUAAUCAGUCAGAUAAUUUCCUUUUUUUUUUUUUAAUAAUAAUUACCAUAAAUUAAAUAUUAGUCUUGUAACCAGUCUACUUAUUAUAAUUGGGAUGCAAGACUUAACCGGUAAUAAGGUAAUUUAAUUAUUUCCAAGUUUGUAAAUGACAAAGACUAACUUGUGUGUGUUGUUUAUAUAAAGGUUCUUUUGUAAUUAAAACAUCCUGAUAUCAUAAGUUGUGUUUUGUUGUUAUUCAAUCGAAGGAAACAGUUUCAGAAUAUAGAAUUCACGCUCUGAUUAAAAAAAGAAAUCUACUAUCUCGAGAUGGUUAAAACCAUAAUAAAAGGAACUAGUCAUCGAUGUGGCAUAGUUAAUUAUUACUCUUUUUUAUAUUAUUAUUAUUAA